AUGUCUCCCAACGGCCAAGCUUUCCUCAGCAAUCCCGACCUGCCCGAGGGUCCGACGCGGUUCCCCCAAGCCCGCAUCGCGCCACCGACCUCGACGCACAAGACCAUCUACAUCUCAGGCACGGCGUGCGUCCGACCCGACGGCACCUGGGAGGGCGUCACUGAGAACGCCGACGGCACGCGCACCCUGGACAUUCGCAAGCAGACGGCUGCGGUGCUCGCCAACGUCGACGCUAUCAUCAAGGGCGCUUCGGGAGGCAAGGGAGGCAUCCACAACGUCAUCGACGCCGUGGUCUACAUCCUGGACAUGGAGUCGCAGUACGCGGGGAUGAACGAGGAGUGGAACAAGGUCUUUGCCGAUCGUGCUAGCGCGCCUGCGCGGGCCACCAUCGGGGUCAGGGAGCUUCCUGAUACGCGGAUGAUCGUCGAGGUCAAGGCAGUUGCCGUGGUUGAGUUCUAG